GAAGGUGUGGCAUGUCAUGUGCACACUUUUUUCCCCAUUCACGUGAGUUAGUGUAGGUGCGUUAAGAGCUAUAAAGCUGUGUUUUUCUUCAUUCUGUUCAGAGGCGACCAAGUUCUUAGUGAGAGGAUUUCCCGGUUUAAUUGAGUUCACGAUGUCCGAGCCUUCUUAUAACCCUGGGGCAGUGCCUCCUGGUCUGGAAUACCUGACACAGAUUGACCAGAUAUUAGUGCAUCAAAAGAUUGAGCUCCUUGAGGCCAUUAUUGGCUUUGAGACUAAUAACCAGUAUGAGAUUAAGAACAGCAUGGGUCAACAGAUCUACCAUGCCAAAGAACUCAAUGACUGCUGCACACGGAAUUUCUGUGGCCCUCUGCGCAAUUUUGAAUUGAAAAUAACAGAUAAUAUGGAUCAAGAAGUGAUUCAUCUAGUCAGGCCCUUCCGCUGCACUUCCUGCUGUUGUCCCUGUUGUCUUCAAGAGAUGGAGGUGCAGGCUCCUCCGGGUAACACAAUAGGCUACAUCUCUCAAGACUGGCAUAUGUUCAAGCCUAAAUUCUCCAUCUACGACAUGUCCAAAAUCAAAGUGUUGUCGAUCGAGGGACCUCUGUGUGCCAUCAGCUGCUGUGGGGAUGUGGAUUUUGAAAUUCAUGGUAAGGAUGGGCAUCCUCUAGGGCGGAUCAGUAAACAGUGGACUGGCCUUAUAAAAGAGGGACUGACUGAUUCAGAUAAUUUCGGCAUUAACUUUCCUAUGGACCUAGAUGUGAGGAUGAAAGCAGUCCUGAUGGGAGCAUGUUUCCUUAUAGACUACAUGUUUUUCGAGAGUACUGGUGAUUCUAAGCAGCGAUGCAGUGUGUUUGGCUGAUAGACAAUGUUACAAGAUUUUUUUAGUUAACCAAGAAUGGUUAGGCAUUUGUGAAAACCAGGCUAAAGUCUCAAAAUUUGGUCAUGAGAUAAAAUUUCAUGUCAUCCAUUAAUUUUUAUGAUAAUUUCAGUGUUUGACAUGGCAUAGUCAACGUUAAAGAUAUCAAGGUUAUUUUAUCACAGAAUUUUUUUUACAUUAUGUAUAAUGAUUUUAUGUAGAAAAAUCAUCGAAAUUUACUUUAGCUGGGUUUUUUUACAGACUGGGUCACAUUUGACUAACAAAUGUUUAGUCUUUCUAUCUACUGUAGGUAAAUAUAUAAAUAAAGCACUUCUGAACAUGUGUCUAAAUGCACAGAGAAUUUGAAUUUAGUAUUUUGUAUUAAAAAUUGAAGUUAUAUCACUUCUAGACAUGACGAUAGAAACUUUUAGAAAUGUUGUUCAUUGUUGUUUACUACCUUAAUAACUAUUAAUUAGCGACAAAUUAGUCGUUUACUGAGGCCAAAAAAGUCAUAGUUUAUGGUUUAUUAAUACCGAGAAUUGGACCUUAAAAUAAAGUGUGACCGUAUUUAUCUAAAAUCAGACUUCUAUUUUUUGGUGACUCUGCCAACAGAAAGUUAAUUGAUAAUUUAUCACUUGUAAAUAUACAUACACCUUAUUAAGGUUACAAACAAGUUAAACCAAGUAUUCCCUCAGAAUCCUGCGGGAGAGUUGUGGAUUUUUACCCACUGAUACAUUAAGGGGAUACUUUACCCAAAUAUAAAAUUCUGUCAUGAUUUACUCACCUUUGAGCUGUUCCAAAUCUGUAUAAAUGUAUUUGUUUUGAUGAACACAGAGAAAGAUAUUUGGAGGAAUGCUUAUAACCAAACUGAUCUUGCUCAAUCGCAAGAUCUUGUUCAAUCACAUAGUAGGAAAAAUUACUUUAUAAUUUAUUUUUCGUUCUGUUGAAAACAGAAGAAGACAUUUGAAGAAAACAGUUCUAGGG